AAUUUGGACUCCAAAUCCCAAGCCAUCCGCCUGUGUGCGUCGAACAGUUUCCACCUGGACAACGUUAGACCGACAAAGAAUUCAUAGACCCGUUAAGAAUCGAAGCCCAUUGUUCAUAGGCCGACAAGAAUCGAAGCCCAUUAUUUAUCUCUCUUGAUCUAGGAAGCGGAAAGCAAGAAGAAGAAGAAGUACUUCACGAACGGAAUCGCCUGUUCUUUCUGUGCUCUUUCUCUUCUCCGAAGAAAGCAAAGUGGUCGUCCAAGUAGAGAGUGCAUGGGUAGUUCGGUGGCUGAAUUUCCUGUGCCCCAGAAGACGCUCGCGCUUGAUAUCAAGGGGAACAAGACGGAUCUCGUAAUUUGCAGGUACGAUGACCAUAUCAUGGUGAUUGUCACUCAAAUAGGAGCGAUGGGGACGAUACUGCACGCCAGGAAGGAGGAAGGUGUCUCAAUCGAUCCUACUUUUAACGUCUCUGUUGUAUUUGGUAAGCGAGAUGAGCCGAUGAUGGUGGCAUGUGCUCGUCAGCUGAUUGAACAUAUAAGUAAUUCCAGGGCCUCUAGGCAAUUGGUGCUUUCUCUGGGUCUCAAGGAUCAUUCCUCGGAGACGCUGAAAGGAGUUGUUUCUGCUGUGAUUGAGAAUCGCCUAUGGUAAUUGCUUGCUUGAACUGAGCAUACCAUGUCCUUCUCAUCAGCACUUGCAGCAGUUAAACUUGGGCAAGAAUCCAUUUAAUUGCAGCACCUGGCAAACAUUUUUCUUGCAUAUGCUGGAAUUAACCACGACUUUGAAGAGGACUCUUUGGUUCUGGACUUUCCUCGGCUAUAGGAUUAUAGUUCAAAUUGCACUUAUGAUUUUCAUCUGUUUCGAUACUGGAGAGCUGAGUAAUGAGAAGUAUCGAGAAUU